AGCAGUUCAUCUCUUUGCUCCUACAGGAGGUGGACAUCUACACAGUGAAGCCCGAGGACCUCUCAUUUACCUCAGCGUUCUGCCUGCAGAUCCAGAGGAACGACUACAUCCAUGCACUGGUCACCUACUUCCACAUCGAGUUCACUAAGUGUCACAAGAAGACUGGUUUCUCCACCGCACCAGAUGCUCCAUACACCCACUGGAAACAGACAGUGUUUUACCUGGAGGACUAUUUGACGGUGCGGAGAGGAGAGGAGAUCACCGGCAGCAUUGCUAUGAAGCCCAAUGAGAAAAACAUUCGCGACUUGGACUUUACCUUCGAGUUGGACUUCAAGGGACAGCUGUGUGAAGCGGCCAUAGCCCAUGACUACAAGAUGCGUUAAGUUUGACUGGGG